AUGGCUGCUCGCCUGCAAAAGUCAACCGAGGCCGAGAAAUUUCGCUUCUUGAACAUCGCCCUGGAGAAGAAAUACACUUCCCAGAUUGACAUUCUUACUCGGCAGCAGAAGGUUGCCCUGAGUCAGAUCUAUCGCGAGAGAAGGAAGAUCGAAGUUGAACUGGAGCAUCAGCGAAACGCGAGACUCACAGACCCAAUCCCAUUUCAUCUGCGCGGAGGAGGAAACAGGAUUGGCGCUCCGAUUUCGUCAAAUAUUAGGAGGAACUCGGCAUCGCCGGAAAGUCAACCGGGCAUGCGCAGAAGCGUAAGUGAAGGUGACUUGUUGGGGUUGCCGUCCGGGAUUUCGCGCGCGCAGACUCUGAUUCCGCCAGUUGGAAACACUUCGAGUCGGUCGCCCGGGGUGUCUUCUAAAAGAAGGGUGCGUUUCAAAGAUGACCCCAUGGAGAAAGAGAAAGAAGAAACCACUCAACAGCGACCAAACCCGAUGGAUUCGUCGGGACAUCGAAUGGCAGACGUCAUCCUUUCUCCCGAGCGGCUUUUCGACUCCACAAGGGCGUUGGCGGUCUACAGGCGUCUUCAGAGGAAAGUCCAAGACUCCCUUGAGCACGGAAACAAUUCGAGGAACCCCGAAGCUGCAGUCGAAUCCACGAUGAAGCUCAUGAAGAGGAGACAGCAACGAAAAAUGCGAGAGGAGCAAGCCGAGGCAGCAAAGAAUGGCGGGAAACGACCUAAUUCUGGGCCCGAGCAAAACGCAGCUGGCCCUGAUCGCAAGGUAACCGGGUCAUCAACGAAAAAACGAUCACGAGGAUGGAGAAAGCCUGAUCGAAGAGAGCAUGGCGGUGGUCGUUCUACGAGCAGAGAGGCAUACCGUUUACCAUCAUUCACAAUGGACGAUGGAUCGCUUCAUUUACAUACAAAGACUGAUGAUGAUUUUAAGAAACUGGAAGGCCGGAAGGUGAUGGAAAGAGAAACUGAUAAGGUAUAUUUUGGUAAGAUCAAACAGGCGGAGGAGAAUAAAAGGGUGACGAAAAAGAUUGAUGACUACCUCGCCAAAUACUGA